GACCAUCUUUAGCUCAAGUGUUGCUAACAAAUUCGCAUUGAUCCACUGUGACAUUAUUAAAGCUUUGGACGCCGUUAUUUGCUGGCGUGGACGAAGCGCGCAAUGAAUAUAAAAAGUUACACAAACGAAAGUUUGCAAGUGGAUGACGAUGAAAAGGAAUCAAAACUAGCAACAACAGCGACAGCGGCAACAAAAACAACAAGAACUACACACAGUGACCACAAAGAAGUUGGCGCUAGGGCAGCUCACGUUGUUGUUGUGGUUGUCGAUGAAGCAAAGGCUGAAUUACUACACAACCAGCAACAGCAGCAGCAGCAUCACAACAAAGACAAAGCUUAUGUCGCAACAGCAGCAGCAACAACGACAGCGGCAACCGCGAAUCAUUUAAAUAUUGAAGCAAUUGAAAAAGCAGCGUCGAUGGUAGCAAUUAACAACAACGACGGCGACGGCGACAACGACAAAGACAACAACUGCAGCAACAACAACAAUAGCAGCAGCAGCAGCAACAGUGGCUGCAACAAAAUUAAGAAGCCGCUGAGGCAACGAAGAAUAUCGCUAAGUGAAAACCACAACCACAACAAAUACUCGCACGACAGCAGGCACAGCAACAUUGAUGUACAAACAUUUACCAAUACAAAAGAACUCAAUCAAGUCAAUUUAAAUUCAUCGUCAACAACAACAGCAACGUCGCAAUCGUUGCUGUCGACCUCACUGGAGGCUGCGUCAGCUACAACAACAACAACAGCAAUAACAACUACAGAAUCAUCUUUAGCUACAGCUACUGUUGCUGAGAUAUCGCAGCAGCAGCAGCAACAACAGCUGAUUAUGUCGCCAACUGCUGGUUCGUCAUCAACAACCCCCGCCACAGCAACAACAACAGCAUCGAGUGCUGUUCAUUUGCGAAAAUCACACUCAACGCCGGCUCUCAAAUUCGCUGGCAACAGCAGCAGCCACAGCAGCAGCAACCACAUUGUUGUAGAGUACGAUCAAUGUACGAUCAACAACAAUAACAACAAGAACGAUGGCUGUAAAUUCAAAACGCAAGUUGAGUCUGCGAUGGAGGCCAGCAACAUUGCCAUUAAGGAUGUUGCUGUCGCUGCGCACUUGAAGCGACAACAGCCACAUCAUCAACAGCCACUGCAACACGAGCAAUUGCAACGCCUCAAUGGCAACAACGAUAGCAACAAAUGCAAUACAACAAUAGAUGCCACAAAGCCAGCGACACCGGAAUCAUUGCGAUUCGGUUGCACGCACUACAAACGACGCGCCAUGUUUGUGACGCCGUGCUGCAACAAGUUCUACAAAUGCCGUUUCUGCCACGAUGAGAACGAAUCGCAUCACUUUGAUCGCAAAACCCUCACCGAACUCAUCUGCUCCGAGUGCAACACGCGGCAGAAGGUGCAGGAACAGUGUGAGAAUUGCGGCGUGCGCUUUGGCAAGUAUACUUGCCUCAUUUGCAACCUUUUCGAUGAUGCGGACAAGCAGCAGUAUCAUUGUCAUGGCUGUGGCAUCUGUCGCAUUGGCGGCGCCCACAAUUUCUUUCACUGCGAAGUGUGCAACAUGUGUCUGCCGAUACAGCUAAAGAUCGAUGGUCAUAGGUGUGUGGAGAACAUAUCACGAUCGCAUUGUCCGGUUUGCUUGGGUGACAUUCACACAUCGAGGAUUCCAUGCCACAUUCCGGACUGCGGCCAUUUGCUGCACAAGAUGUGCUUCGAUCAGCUGCUCGCAUCGGGUCACUACACGUGUCCCACCUGUCAGACAUCACUGAUCGACAUGACGGCGCUCUGGGAGUAUCUCGAUGCUCAGGCUCUACGCAUGCCUGUGCCGCUCAAAUAUGAGAAUCAACGUGUGCACAUCUUCUGCAACGAUUGUCACAAGACUUCUAAAACCAAAUUCCAUUUUAUUGGACUCAAGUGCGUGCAUUGCGGCGCCUACAACACCACUCAGGACGUGAAACGUCGUCUCUCCUUGGUCACCGAUGAGCCGACGACCGCCUGACAUUUAAUUUAUCCCGCUACAGCAGCAACACACACAAAUAGAACAACAACAACUAGAAAAACAGCAACAGGAAAUCUCUUGCCAUGCUCCACAUUUGAAGAAACUAAAUUUCUGAAACUGAAAUCGAAACGCAUUGAAUUUAGACCAAAUUCGAGCUGGUAUCGAAUAUAUAUAAAGCAUAUUAAACAAAUUCAUACAUACACAUAUACAAUAUAUAUAAACUACAUUACAUUACCCUUUAGCUUAUGGAGAUCAAUUGGUGCUCAAUUGGUUUUAUAGUAUUUCUCGUUUACCUAGCAACAAAUUUACAAACAAAAACCACAACUGCAACAAAUUCAUCCACUCGAAUUUUUAUUAGAUUUUUGCCUGUAUUGAAAACUCGAAUUUUGAAUUGUCUCUCAAAACUAUUAGCUCAAUCUCAACAUUAGAAAUCGCUGUUCAAUUUUUGUAUUAAUCUAUACACAUAAUGAUGUUUAAGUUUGUCAAUAAAUACCAUACAACGAAAGAUUAAAGAUUGCUUUUGGGCUAUGAUUAUAAUAAAAAGAAACUUGCAU